UGUAACUAAAAGAGAAAAAUAACCACCUCAGCAGUGUAUUAUUACCAUCAUUUACUUUCCUCUGAGUUUCCAUUUCUGCAACUUCUCUCUCUCAUUGUUCCUCACGCUCAAAUCUAGCCGUCACCGGCGAUGAAGAAGCUUCCUCAGCAGCUCCCCUCCAGAAAAUCCUCUAGAUUCUCUUCUUCUCCCGCUGCUGCUGCUGCUUCUUCAACCCGUACCCGCAACAAACCGGAGCCCCGACCCGACGAUGCAUGGGCCCUCUCAUUGCCCCUACGAGAUAAUUCACUCCGCAGAUCGACCAGAUUUGCAUCCAAAACUCCCCCUCCCCAAUCAAGAACAUCGCCGACAUUUCCCCCCUCUUCAUCGGCGCCGGCGUUGACUUUGACUGACGGCGAGAAUGUGGUUUUGAGCGAGAGGUGCUUGAGAUCGAGAACUGUCUUGAUGAAGAGAGUUGUGAGUGAGAGGAGAGGGAGAGGGAGAGGGAGAGGUAAGGCAGCUGCUGAAAUUGAGAUGUUGGCAUUGACUCCAGUUUCAAGAAAUGCGGAACAGAGUGUUGAGUUGUUGAGUAAGGAGAGAUGCAGUUCAGAGGGGGUGAUCAGUGAGAAGCGGCUGAGGUCUAGAAUUGUUCAAUUUAAAGGGAUUGUGGCUGAGGAUGCUGCUAGGAAGCGUGAUCGGAAUGGAAGCGUGGUGAGGUCUAGGAGUAUUCAAUUGAAACAGAAUGUGGCUGAGGAUGCUCUUGGAAAAGCUGAUCAAAAGGGAGGAGGAGGGAACGAAGAGAGCUCGGUGAGGUCGGGGAAGAAGAAGAGGAAUGAGAAGGGUGUUUUAUGCUGUUUUGUAGGGGAGCCGAUUCCGGAGGAAGACGCUUGGAGAAGGUGGCAAUGGAGAUAUGAUUUAAAGAGCAGAGGAAAGGGCAAAAACUGGAAAAUAAACACUGAUGAUGAUAAUGAUGAAAUUAUACUGAAUGUGGAAAGCCAUUACGCUCAAGCCAAAGUAGGGAACUCUGUCUUGAACAUUGGAGAUUGUGUUUUUGUUAAGGGCGAAGGAAGCAAGAAACACAUAGGGAGGAUCUUGGAAUUCUUCAAAACGACGGCGGGAGAAGACUACUUCAGGGUUCAGUGGUUCUUCAGGGCUGAGGAUACGGUUUUGAAAAACGCUGCUUCAUCGCAUGACAAAAGGCGCAUAUUCUACUCCACCUUAAUGAACGACAACGUAUUAGAUUGCAUCAUCUCAAAAGUUAAUAUAGUAAAAGUACCUUCUAUGCAGUGCUUAAAAAGAAACCCUGUGCCGUCAGCUGCAUUUUAUUAUGACAUGGAGUACUCUGUGAAUUAUUCAACAUUUCGGUCAUUAGUUACAGAAACUUCCACGGGGACUGAGCCAUUCUUGUCGAACUCAAAGCCUCCCGAAGAAGAACCAGUUACUCUGACACCCUUGGCGCUUUUACCCGAGUACGAGUCUCCUGAGCAAGAAUUAGCGCUACUGGACUUGUACGCUGGAUGUGGUGGAAUGUCCACUGGAUUAUGUCUUGGUGCAAAACUUUCGAGUGUAAAUGUCAAGACGAGAUGGGCUGUUGAUUAUAACAGUGCUGCAUGUGAGAGUUUGAAACUGAACCAUCCAGAAACAAAUGUCAGAAAUGAAGCUGCUGAGGACUUCCUAGAACUACUAAAGCAAUGGGAGAGUUUAUGCAAGAUGUAUGUCUGUGAUAUAGAAAGAGCACUAAAAUGCGAGAUAGAGGAACUUCCAGAAGCCAAAGAAGCCUGUUUGUCUUCAUCGGAUACAGAGGAAUCUAGUGAUGAGUACGAGGUCUCUCAUCUGGUUGACAUUUGCUACGGUGAUCCUAACGAAAGUGGAAAAUGCGGGCUACUCUUCAAGGUACGUUGGAAGGGGUACGGCCCAGAUGACGAUACAUGGGAAGCAGCCGAAGGAUUGAGCAAUUGCCACGAGCGGAUAGAAGACUUUGUUCGAAGAGGCUUCAAGUCUAAAAUCCUACCACUUCCUGGCGAUGUCGGUGUAAUCUGUGGAGGGCCGCCGUGCCAGGGUGUAAGCGGCUACAAUCGCCACCGAAACUACAAAUCUCCGUUGGAAGACGAGAAAAACCGCCAGAUUGUGGUUUUCAUGGACAUAGUGGAGUUCUUGAAACCCAAGUAUUGCCUGAUGGAAAACGUCGUCGACAUCAUAAGGUUCGACAAAGGCUCUCUCGGUCGAUACGCUCUAAGCCGUCUCGUGCUCAUGAAAUACCAAGCGAGGCUCGGCACCAUCGCCUCGGGGUGCUACGGCCUCCCGCAGUUCCGUCUGCGCGUCUUCAUCUGGGGGGCCCACCCGAGCCAGGUGCUGCCGCAGUUCCCGCUCCCCACGCACGAUGUCGUGGCCAGGUACUGGGCCCCCAUCGAGUUCGAGAGGAACAUCGUGGCGUACGACGAGGGCCAACCGCACGCGUUGCGGCCCGCCAUCGUCCUCGGGGACGCCAUCUCCGACCUCCCGCCCGUCACGAACGACGAAUCCCGGGAGGAGAUGGCGUACGAGAAACCCCCGGAGUCGGAGUUCCAGAAACGCAUACGGAUGAGCAAAGACGAGACGACGACCGGGAAGAUAUCGGCCGGAUCGCAUGGCAUCCUCUACGACCACCGGCCGAUGAAGCUGGAUUGCUCCGACUACAUGCGCGUGUGCCAAGUCCCGCACCGGAAGGGAGCCAACUUCAGGGACCUGGCCGGAGUGGUGGUCGGAGAGGACAAGGUGGUGCGUCGUGAUCCAACACGAGAGCCGGUGGUGCUGCCAACAGGAAAGCUGCUCGUCCCGGACUGCGUGUUGACGUACGAGCUAGGGAAGUCGAAGAGGCCGUAUGGGAGAUUAUGGUGGGACGAGACAGUGUCGACGGUGGUGACGUUUCCUCAUAUCCGGGCGCAGUCGAUACUGCACCCGGAUCAAGAUAGACGGCUAACGAUACGUGAAUGCGCGAGGCUGCAAGGGUUCCCAGACUACUAUAGAUUUUGUGGCACCGUUAAAGAGCGGUAUUGCCAGAUAGGGAACGCAGUCUCCAUGCCGGUGUCGAGGGCGUUAGGGUACGCGCUAGGGGUAGCGCACCGGAAGGUUGCCGGAGACGAGCCGCUGAUGACGCUGCCGCCGGAUUUCUCCUCCAUGUUGCCUUCUUCUACUUGAGCUUGCUAGGUUGUGGGAUUGAUAAAUGUACCAUUUUUCCCUAUGUCACAUUUUUAUUACUGAUGAUAAACAUGCUGCAUGUUGGGUGUGACAUUGUAUUAUUAAUAGGUCGUACUCAUGAUUUAUAUCACUAAUUUAAAUUCUUAA